CCGGUCUAGCCGGAGAUGGCUGAGUAGUUACGUGAAGUGUCUAAAAUAUAUUAGUUGGCGGCAAGUGAACAAACCAAGUGGUUGAUUUGGAUAACUUCUGUGAAAUACAAUGCUAUGAAAAGUAUGAUCGAGUCAACCAAAGAAGGCCUAUCCGAAGUGACAGUCACUGUUCAGACUGGGAAACUGGAACUCGAAGAAACUACUGCGGAUGGAAGAAACGAACUAGCAGAAGCGACAAUUGACGGGAAAAGGGAGCUCGAAGACUCACUUGAGAAAGCAAAGAAGGAACUCAGCGAAAUUAUUGAUCAUACAAAACAAGUGAGCAUGAUUGAAGGAGAGGAACGAAAGGAGUCCAAAUUUACAAAAGCAAAGUCAGAUUUACAGAAACAGUUGCUCAACCAUUAUCAAGCAACUUCUGACAGAAUGAGCGUCCGAUUGGACAUCGAUGCAGCUAUAGAAGAUAUUUAUGAAAAGCCAAAACUUUUAUUGAACAGAGAGAACAACAAAAAGGACAAACAUUGUAAAAUGAAAUAUAAAGAGGUACCAGAAAUAAGUGAGAUGUUUCAGAGCGGAAAUGGCAAGAUGGCUAAGACAAUAUGCGUGGUGGGCGAAGCGGGCUCAGGAAAGACUGCGCUUUGUAAAAAGAUCGUCCAUGACUGGUGCAAACUGAAACAGGACGGAAAUGAGGAGGCAAACAAAAACCGAUUAAGCCAGUUUGAAUUUGUGUUUUACAUAAGGCUUCGAGAAGUUGAAGAUCGAUGCAAAAUCAAAGAUUUGAUUUUACAGUGUCUGAUUGAACAGAUUGAAUCGGGUGAUAAAGAGUUGAAAGAACUGAAAGAACUGUUAGCAGAUAUUUUGAAAUCAGAAUGUUGUCUUCUCUUGCUUGAUGGUUUAGACGAGUGGAAACAUUGCAGCAAAUGUAAGCGAAAUGAACGAAUUCCUCAUGUUGAAACAAAUUGGACAAAUUGUACAACAUUGAUAACAACACGACCAUACAAACUAGCGGAGUUGAAAUUAAGCCGCGCACAGCUUGGCAACCAAGUGCAAUUGCAAGGCGUCCAGUCACCCACGAAACUUGUUCAGAGAAUACUGAAUGAAUUGGAGAAAGAUCGUCAAGUAAAGAGGGAUUCAAAUGCCUGUAUUUUUGACCUAAGAGGUAAAUGUCUAUGGCACUUAAGUUGUGUUCCAAUCAUGUUUGUUCACAUUGUAUGGCUCUGGUAUAGAGACCAGCUAAAUGCAGGCAUGUCUUUGUCGGACGUAUACGAGAAAAUAAUCAAAGAAAGGUGGUGUGAAAUGAACGACAAGAAAAAAAUAAUGGACAACGAACUUCCAAAGGAAUUUCUUGAUUCGUUGAGUAAGUUAGCUUUCAAUAAGCUGUUUUCAACAUCUGAAGAUGAUUCCAUUGUUUUUGGCAUAACGGCUGGCGAAUUAGAAAAAAAGUGCAAACAGGAGGCGCUCGAAUCUGGCAUCAUGUCCUGCAGUAAUAAAAUUGGAGAAAGAUCAGCGUCUUAUCAAUUUGUGCACAAAACUCUUCAAGAGUACUUGUCAGCAUUUUAUUUAGCGAACUGCGAAUCAAAUUUGUCCAAACAUUGUCAUCAGAUUCAGGAGGUGUUUAGACAUCACCGGAGAGAAGGUGCGCUUAGCUUGCGUCCGAUGUUCCUGUUUCUAUGCGGCAUAAAUAUAAAAGCCGCUGAAGUGUUUUCUGAGUCAUUAAAUGAGCUUUUUACUGAAUACUUUGAAAGAGACGGAUGUUCAGCUGAGAAAACAAGAGCUUUCCAGAGCAUGAUACUGGAAGGCUAUGAGGAGGCUGAGAGAAGCAGAUACACAAAAGUGGAGUUAUGCCUGAAGCAUGCCUUCCUUGGUCAAACAGAAAAACACAAGUCAGUUUUGAAACUCUGCUUGGAUAAAAGCAAAUCCAAUCUUGUGUCUUUACAUAUACAGAAGAAAAGCGACAUCGCUUCUUUGUUGCAGUACAAGAAAGAUCCAACUGUUUUAGAUUUAGAGACUUGCAAGAAACUAAAAUUUGUUUGCUUAAUUAAUGUUCCAUAUGAAGAUAUCAACCAACUGAAUUUUAAUGGAUUAGUAGGAUGCAGAAUAGAAUUCAGUGACUACAAACCAGCAAAUAAACUGGUAUCUUCACUUUUGUCCUCAGAUUUGACAUGUUUGAAAACACUCACUUUGAACAACUUAGGUUGGGAAUGUAAAACUGAGGAAAUCUUCUCCAAACUUCGACAUAUUGAACAACUAGACGUCACAUGGAGCAAAUGUCCACCGAACGAUUCACAAUUCGACCUUGAGCGCCUUCGCCAUCUUCAACAUCUCAACCAACUCACUUUAAAGCGGAUUGCUUUCUCUGACGUUGUGAAUCUGCAUAUGCUCAAUCUCCGCACUCUAAAGGUCAGCUUUAGAACACAAAUGAGAGCAUCAAAGUUGAUGACGUCAUUACUGGCACAAAGCGACGAUUCACUCAAUUCAAAUCAAAAUGGGCAAGUCCUCACGGACGUGGUAUUGGAAAAUACGCUCAUGUCAGCAGAAGUAUUCAGACGUUUCGUUCGUAUGAUGAUAGAGUCGCGACAUUCUUUGAAAAGUUCGUUAUUGAAUUGUACAAUAGAGCCCGAGGAGGACGUGGGACAACUGUAUAUGGAGUUGGUAACUCCAAAAUCCGUCUCAACUGACUGCACAACGCAACUUCUUUUCAAGAAGGUGUCCAUGUCAGCAGGAGCGCUCAGAGGUCUCAUUAGUAUGGUGAUACAGUCGCAAAAUGGUCUGGACUGUGAGUUAUUAGACUGUACAAUAAUUCCUGAGGAGGACUCGAGACAGGGACAUGUGGAGAUGGAAAACCAGCCUGUUUCCCAGACGAUGGCUUCACAAGUAGCAUCAACUGACUAUACAAUACACAUUCGUUUACGAGAUAUGACAUUAUCAGCAGGAACGUUUAGAAGUAUCGUCAGUGUGGUGAUACAGUCGCAACAUUCGCUGGACUGUAAGUUAUUGGACUGUACAAUAGAGACCGUGGAUGACAUGACGCAGCUGGAGAUAGAGAUGGAGACCACUCCUCAUAUGAUAGCGCCAAAGCCCGCCUCUACUGACUAUACAACACACAUUCUACUACAUGAUAUGACCAUAUCAGCAGGAGCGUUCAGACUUCUAGUUAGUAUGGUGUUACAGUCGCAACAUUCUUUGGACUGUAUGUUAUGGGACUGUAAAGUAGAGACUGAGAAGGAAGAGAUGGAGAACCAACCCUACCUCAAAAUGGUAGCUCCACUGCCUGUACCAACUGACUAUGCAACACACAUCCAUUUAAAGGAGGUGACCAUGUCACCAGAAGCGUUUAGCUGCCUCGUUAGUAGGGUGAUACUGUCGCAACGUUCUGUGGAUUGUGUGGUAUACGACUGUACAAUAGAGCCUGAGGAGGACUUGAGAGAACUAGAGGAAGAUAUGAAGAACCAGCCUGCUCUCAAAAUGGUGAAGUUUUAUCCGGUUGAACCUUCCAAUAAGUGGUUCAUUGAGUUCAACGUAAACGUAUAAAGGUUCCGACACUCGGAAAAUGCGAAGGUGACGUCUUUUCAGCAAAAAAACAAGCAUGGAAUUAAACUGAAAUAAAUGUCUAAGGAAUUUUGAUUGAAGAUAUGUUCCUCGUGGAAAACCCAAAGCCUUAGGUCAGACUAAAUGACUGACUUACGAGUUGUGUGUUUUUUAACUGUCAUAAACAAGUUUAUUGUCUAAAGAAGACACCUGCUAUCGAAUAGAAGGUAUAAAAAGAGGAUUCAUGUGUCUGUUUUAUGACUAUUUUUUAUGAUGUUUAUAGUUUAGUUCAUAUUUAGAGAUGCACUCUUACUCCCAAAUAAGAUUUACCACAAUUAAUGUCGAUAAAAAUGGUUCUAAUGAAGGAUACCGAGUUUAAUGUGAAGGAAAUGAGCAUUAAACACGGUAUUUCUACCUUAUGAGUCUAUAGUAGAUCACAGUGAAUCUUUUAGAUUUCACCAAUAAUUAAAUAUUUUUGCGCUUUCUGGUAUUAAAUAUACGGUUUCAAGCCUGUUAUCAGUAAUUUAUAGUUUCCAUAAACGCAUUUUUUAGUAAGUAGUUUAUCAGUCAAAAUUUAUGAUUGUUAUACAUGUGUAUGUAUUGUCUUUAAAUAAGAGUGUCCCUUUAAUGGUGGCUUAUUGCAUUUUUAUGGUGAAUUAUAUCGUGAUAAACGCAUUGUUUGAUUUAGUGAAUUUAUCAAAACAUGUAUUCACUGCUUUUCUCAUUUUAGCACGUUUCAAAAUUAUGUAAAAGUGUGUAUAUGCGAAAAUUGCUGGAAAGAAAGAAAAAAAACAUCAUUACGUUAUCUUAAACUAAGUAUCAAUUCAUAAUUAUUUUUGACAAAUUAUAAGCAUUUUUGUAUGUUUUUCGAUGGUUAUGGGAAAAUAACGCUGUGUUAUAAGUCCGAUUCACUGUCACAAAAAAAAACAACAAUGUUAACGCACAGAGUCCAGGGAGGGAAAAGUAACAUCUUUUACGGUAUGACAUCAUUUUGAUAACAUUUGGAGAUAUUUCCAAUUAGAUAUCAAAAUAAUAUUGUUUCUGAUGAAUAACCAGCAUGCAAAAAAGAAAAAAAACAACAUUUGGUUGUUUUAGGGUAAGACUGUUAUUUCUUUCACUUUACUAUUACCGAAGUAAUAUUUAGUUUUUGCUUCUCACUUGGUGAAAUGCAAUGCUAUCCUGUACUGAAACAAACAACUUCUCUUUAUAUGUAUUGUAAGUCAUCUGAUUUGUAAUUUGGAUUUUUGUUUUAUAUAAAGUUUGAUCUGCUUGUGUAUGCCUUACAAGUUAUAGUGAUUUCAGAAUUCAAUACAACUGUAAAUAGAGUUUCAUUUGUGUACACAUGCAUGUUUUGAACGGUUGAACGGAUAAUUCUUGUGAAAUGUGACCGAAAUGCUGUUUACAAAAAUUAAUUUUUUAGAUGAAAUCAAAUACAAGCACUUCUGUGUAUAUUUAUUUUUAUAUUUGAAAUAAAAUGCUCUGUUUUCUGAAAUAUUAAUCGAGUAUCUUUGAGUAAAGGUUUUGUGUUGUUGAAAAAAGUAAAAAAAGACCUCAUUGUCAAGCUCAUUUCUUUUGCCAACAUACCAUCUGUGAGUGAGUCACUUUAGAGUUCAUUAAAACUGUUGUUUAGUAAGAUGUAUUUGUGUCAAUCUAUGUUGUACAUUAUACUGGUUGCCGAACUCAUUAUAUUACUGUAAAUAGAGUUUCAUUUGUUUAAUUUUGUUAUGUGCGUGAUAGAGAUUUGUCUGGUAGUUCUGCAGUUUGUUCUGUUUUAAAUGUUUGUAGUAUACAUUUAUUCUGAACUUCAUUGUUUUUGUUGAUAAACUGACAGUUGCUUUUAUUUUUUUGGUAAAUUAUGCCGAUUGCCACUGGAAAUUUAGUUUAUUUGUUGUUCAGAUUAGAAGCGUUUUAAGAAGGAAAUGUGUUAGCUUAUCUUUAAAUCCCAUAUAAUCCGCAUUGUUAUUCAACGAGCUCUGGAAAUAUGUCAGUAAGAGAAAACUUAGCGAUUUCUGAAAUAUACGUUUUGGACGAAUUUAAUACAAUUGAUGUUAAAUGACGACGAGUGUCCGAAUCUGUUCAUCACAUGUUUUUACCUAAAAAGAAUUUCACCUGCGCCGAUGAUAAGUCCAAUUCAACAAAACAUUUCAUUGUAGUAUAUCGUUUUAAUUCCGUUCAUAAGUAGAGUGAAUAAUUUUAUGGUUAAAAUUGUUUUAUUUAUCUGGAGACAGUUUUCAUUUUUCUGUUAUUGUGAUUUUGUCCAUGUAAUCUGGGCACAACGUUUAUGAGGCUUUUCAUUUUCAUUGCGUUUGUUCAAAAUACUGUGGACCAAAUGUGAUAUAAAAUAUACUUUUGAGUUUUCGUUAAUGUUAUUUAUACCGAACCAGAGAAACAUGAUAUCACGUCAUAUGGCAAUAUAAUUUUUGAAUGAAAUAAUUUUGUUAAAAAUCUGAUACUUCAUAUGUUCAAUAUGUUAAUGUAUCGUCGCGUAUUUAUAGACAAUAUUUCAUUUACCUGGUACGUAUGAUAGAAGCUAAAGAUGCACUCUUACUCCCAUAAAAAAUAUUUCAACAAUUAAAUCAAUUGUUUUAAUAUAUCAAAAGGGCUGAAUAAAUGUCAAAAUCAAUGGUUCUUAUGAAGGAAACCAAGUGUAAUUUGAAAGAAAACGCAAAAACACGUUAUUUCUACCUUUUGAAAAGAUAGUAGAUCACAGUAAAUCUUUUAGCAUUCACCAACCAUUUAAGCUAUUAAAUUCACGGAUACAAUCUUGUUAUUAGUAAUUGAUAUUUUUCAUAAAUGCAUGAUUUAGUAACUAGUUAAAGGUUUGUCACUAAAAAUUCAUGUUUUUUAUUCAUCAUGUGUUUGUAUUGAUUUUGAUUAUGAUUGGCACUUAACGUUAUUUGAUGAAGUAUUUUCAUUUUUGAAUGUUUACAAUCAACAUUGCUGUUUUUUUUAAAAAGAAAAUGGCCAUGUUAUCAGUUGCGAAGUAAAAACAAAUAAAUUAAAAAUAUUCUUCAAUAUAUAUUAUAUAAUAUUGCAAUGGAGAAUUGUUAAAUUACCUGGUAUUACCGUAAAUGUAUGUUGAACACAGCUGUUGCAAGAAUUUAAUAAAAGUAUGUAUGCUAAUCGC